GAUUCAUAUCUGUCUACGAAACGUCAUGUCUAGUAUUCGGGAUACCAUACAAAAAGCUGUUUCCACCGUCACCUCGUCCGCAAAAAUUGCCGACUUGCAGUCUGACAUACAAGAACCCAAGUCAGGUCAAGCUUUAACAACAGACCACGGCGUUAAAGUAUCUGACACUGAUAACUGGCUCAAGGUGACAAAUGGCCGUGAUAACGGCCCUUCUCUCCUUGAAGAUCAGAUUGGUCGCGAGAAAAUUCAUCGCUUCGAUCACGAACGCAUUCCAGAACGUGUAGUGCAUGCACGCGGCGCCGGAGCUCAUGGAUACUUCAAGGUUUAUGAUGAUCGUGCUUCCAAGUACACAUAUGCGCCUGUUUUGACUGAUUCCUCGAGGUCCACCCCUGUUUUCAUUCGGUUUAGUACAGUUCAAGGAUCUCGUGGUAGCGCGGACACCGUUCGUGAUGUUCGUGGUUUUGCAAUCAAAUUCUUCACAGAUGAGGGAAAUUGGGACCUUGUUGGAAACGAUAUACCUGUCUUCUUCAUCCAGGACGCUAUCAAAUUCCCUGAUCUCGUACAUGCUGUUAAGCCAGAACCUCAUAAUGAAGUACCUCAAGGCCAAACCGCGCACAACAACUUCUGGGAUUUUAGUGGUUUACAACCGGAAACGGCCCAUAUGAUAAUGUGGGUUAUGUCCGAUCGUGGUGUACCACGGUCAUUCCGCAUGAUGCAAGGCUUCGGCGUAAACACAUACACCCUCCUCAAUGCCCAAGGGGAACGUCAUUUCGUGAAAUUCCAUUGGAUCCCUGAGCUUGGUGUACACAGUCUGAUGUGGGAUGAAGCUCUUAAAAUCGCCGGUCAGGAUCCCGAUUUCCACCGAAAAGAUCUUAAUGAAGCGAUUGAGAACGGUGCUUACCCGAAGUGGAAGCUUGCCAUUCAAACGCUCCCAGAGUCCAGAGAGCACGAGUUUGAGUUCGAUAUCUUGGAUGCAACCAAAGUGUGGCCUCAGGAACUGGUUCCUCUCGAGGAAAUUGGAGAACUUGUCCUCAACCGCGUUGUCGACGAAUUUUUCACUGAAACUGAGCAAGUUGCUUUUUGUACAAGCCACAUCGUUCCCGGUAUUGGUUUUAGUGACGAUCCCUUGCUGCAAGGGCGCAAUUUUUCUUACUUCGAUACUCAAAUUUCGAGACUAGGUGUCAAUUGGGAAGAACUACCCAUCAAUCGACCAGUAUGUCCAGUGUUGAACCAUAACCGCGAUGGGAAGAGUCGACAUCGCAUUGUUCAAAGUAGCGUCAAUUACUGGCCAAAUCGAAAGGAUAUUGGCCGACCGGUCAAACCUGAAGAAGGCGGAUAUGCAGAGUUCGCCCAACGCGUAGAAGGCAUAAAAAAACGAGUUCGUGGGGAGAAAUUCCAGGAGCACUACAGCCAGGCGCAGCUAUUCUAUAAUUCCCUUGCGCCAUACGAAAAGUCGCAUUUGAUCAACGCUAUCUCGUUUGAACUCAGUCACUGCGACGACCCAGCUGUCUACAAAUCCUACACUACCGUACUAAGCAACAUCGACUUCGAGCUCGCUAAAACUAUUGCGAUCAAGGUCGACGGGGUGUUGCCCGAGAAGCCUGGGCGGCCCAAUCACGGUCACACCAGUAAGGGUCUCUCUCAGUUGGAAUACGCGUCCAAGGAGCCCACCAUUGUAUCUAGGCGCAUCGCCAUUUUGAUCGCUGAUGGGUUCAAUGCUGUGGAAUUGCAAGCCGUUCGUGCCAUCCUGACAAGCGCUAAAGCCGUAUGCUACAUCAUCGGACCCCGGCGAAACAAAAUUCACCCUUCCGAGGCUCAGGAUAUUGGUGAAGGUGUUACGGCAGAUCACCACUUCGAAGGACAGCGAUCUACUUUGUUUGAUGCUAUCUAUAUUCCGUCUGGUGAAAAACACAUUAAAGAGCUCGCCAAUAAUGGCCGUGCAGUCCACUGGGUGAGAGAGGCGUUUGGACACUGCAAACCGAUUGGUGCCAUCGGCGAGGGCGUGGAUUUCUUGCGGGAUGUCGUAAGAUUACCAGAUGUUGAACUGUUCGCACCGCCUCGCGGUAGUGAUGAGGUUGUAUCAUCCUAUGGUGUUGUAACGACUGGAAGAUAUAGUGUAUCCUCCGCUGCAAGAGACACCCUCAAGAUAACACAGGACAGUAAAGGUUUCGCUGCCAACUUUGCAUAUCAAAUUAGCCAGCAUAGGUGUUACCAGCGUGAGAUGGAUGGAUUAGUUGAAAAAGUUGCGUUUUGAGUGCGGAGAUUUUGAUAUGCACCAGUUGUAAUUGGUUAGCUGCGCACUUGUACAAAUAUAAUGUGACCAAUUUUUAUG